AUGGCAAAUAUGUAUAAUAGGGUGCUAAAAAUUUCUAAUUACGAUACAGCUAUUCCGUUUUUGCCAUACGACUUGGUUGUUAGGAGUUAUAUGGCAUGGAAGUUCGGAAACAACAUUCCGUUUGAUGAAGAACCUUCAAAAGUUAGGAAUAAAGAUCAUAAUAUAGACUGUAUUCGCUACUUUUACCCCUCUCCCGACUCCUUCAAAAUUAGGAGUAAAGUAAGGAGCCUUUGUUACAAUUCAUACGGAAAUCGCUUGUAUGUUUCCACUAGGGAUUGUGUAUAUUUUUAUAAUACACAGUGGCUGGGUUUGGAACACACUCUGUCGGUUAGGAGUACGAUGUUGUUGGCACACCCUAAAUCUCCAGAUGUGUUCGCUCUGCUCGUUCAGGGUUCUUCUAGCAGUAGACCUUCCGUUAAAAUUUAUGAGUUGAGAGCAAGGCAAUCAAAGAGCCACAGGCACGACUUGAUAAACCUUUGUACCAUAACAAGCGCCUUUGCAGAAAACUGGUAUACUGGCUGUUGGUCUCAGGAUGGCAGAUACAUUGCGCUGGUGGACAAGGAUGACGUUUUGCAGGUUGUUGAUCUCCAGGAUGGGUACAAGGACAACGAGCUCAGGGAGGAGGAUUCCCUAAGGCUGGAUUGCGAGGCUUAUGGGAUAAUAUACACAACCGAUUACUUGGUUGUACACAGGGUUGAUGGACUUAUAGUAUUCUACAAGUUUGACCUGGAAAAGUGCUAUGUUGAAAGGGCGCACUCGCACAUAGUCACGGCCUCAGCCUUUGAUCACAACUUCAACUUCCUAGCCACCGGGGGGAGCGAUCACGUCGUGAACGUCUUCGAAGUUGAUCCGGAAAUUGUAUGUGUAGGCAGCUUCCCAAGGCUUGAAGGACAAGUGUCAAGCUUGGCGUUCUCUAACGACGGAAUUUUCCUGGCUUGGGGAACAAAAGACUCUGCCCCGAAUCCCAUUGAUGACAUGAUUAGCAUACAGUCCUCUCUGGAUCAGAAUACGCAGGGCUUUCACGACGGUGAAGAGGCGAAUUCUCCGGAGUUCUUUCUCACGGUCGCAGGCAUCGAUCCCUAUGAGAUUUAUUACCAGCACAGCACACCUUGUUCAGUUGCCCACGUGGCUUUUGCCCCGAACAAACAGGUUUUGGCAUAUGCUUUGGAUUACGAAACAUUCCCCAAGGGGGGCAACAACACUCACACAAAUCUCAUAGGAUUUCUGUAUCUUUAG